AUGGAGGAAAUGGAGAACGAAAACAAAGCGUUUCGGGACCAAAUGAGAGAACACCAAGAAAGGGUCGACAAGAUACCAGGUGCCCCGAAACUCUUGCCAAAGAGAGACGCUGGUCGGUUUGUCGAGCAACCAUAUAGUGAUGAAGCUGCCCUGCAUGCUAUGCCAAAGACCUCCAAAAUGCCGCCCUAUCUGAAAAUAUACGAUGGUAUGAUCGACCCCGAUUACCAUAUAGUCUACGCAUUAGAGAAGCUCGGUCUGAAGGUAAAGUGGCCACAAAAGAUAAGGUCGGAUCCGAGCACCAGAAAGUCAGAUGCCCUUUGUGAGUUCCACCAAGAACGAGGACACAAAACCGAGGAUUGCAUCGCCCUAAGACAGGAGGUUGUAAACAUGCUUCAACAAGGAUACCUCAAAGAAUUGCUGAGUGACCCGGGAAGGACCAACUUUGCCAGAGGACGCGAACGAUAUCAAGGACCACUAAAAUUACCCUCACCAACCCACACCAUCCAAAUGAUUAUCGGUGGCGGUGACAAAACUUCUAUCAACAACAUAAAGUUCACCACAACCCAUAAGCUCAAACGGUCGAUCACUCAUGAACGGUAUGACAAACUCGAAGAAAGUAUCAUCAUCGAUAAGUCAGGUACCCACGGUUUGGAUGGCGUACUCCCAGAUGAUAAAAAAGAAGCCAAGAAACUUCGAAUGCAAGCAAUCAGGUACAACAUCAUUUAUAACGACCUAUACAAGAGGAUGUAUGGCGGCCCCCUAGCGAAAUGCUUAGGCCCAAAUCAGUCGCGGCGCCUCCUUGAAGAUGUCUAUGAAGGCCAUUGCGGAGCUCAUUCCGGCAAUCGAGCUCUUGUUGGAUGCCUCAUACGGGCAGGUUACUACUGGCCCACCAUGAAAAAAGAGGCUGCAAACUUCGUAAAAAAAUGUGAGUAG